AUGCUCCAGGAACUACCAUCCAAAAUUCUAUCUUUACUCUCGGAACCGGUUCCAUUGGUCGAGGGCCAAUGGCUCAAUAUCACAUUUGAUGUGCCUAUUCUAGUGGAUAUAAAGGCUCCAUUGACUCCGACACUUCAAUUUAUCUACACUUCUGAAUUUAUUCUGAUAUUCAUCGGGAUGUUUUUCAUGACAUAUUUCAAUCAUUUCGUGAAUUCAAUUGGAAUUAUUCAUUUGAAUCUUCAACGAUUAUUUGGUUUCUCUACUUUUUUAUACAUUCUCGGUAGUUUUUCUAGAUUUUAUAUGAUUUUAAUUCAAUUGAAAAUCAUCAAAGAUCUCAACACCCCAUAUCUUUUAAUUGCUGGUCUUUUACGAAUGGAACAUUAUGGAGUGAGUCUCAGUGCUGUUCUAGUGGUUACUGUAGAACGUGCAUUUGCCACCUAUUAUGUAGUUGAUUAUGAAUCGAAGUCUAGAAACUGGGUGGCUGUAUUCUGUAUCAUGGUCAGUCUGAUUUAUACUCAGUGUUUUGUUAUUCCAAUUUGUUUUUUUAAAGCUUCCUUGUUAUACAUCAUCCUUUUCGCAGCUUUAUGGGCGGUUUUUGCAAAACUAGUUCUGAUGGGAUUACAUUGGUUCAAUGUACAAGAAUCUAAACGACUUUCUUGGAAAGCAGAGAAUUCGCGUAAAAAGAAAAAGGUGAAUUACACUUUGGGAAAGAAGUUCCAGGUCGAGGAGAAUGUGAAAGUGAUAAAAUUACUAGAAGCAAUGAGCUUCAUGCUGGUUUUUCUUAUUUUCUUUGUUAUCGUAUUCAUAGUUGUUCCAAGAGUUUAUCUGGGUACUGAAACAUAUGCUGGUCAAGUUAUGAUAUCACUUUUCGAUAUAAAUUUGGCUCUUGGUGCAAUUCUUAUACCGUUCAUCUGCAUCUGGCAGUUGAGAAAAACCAGAGAACUGCCAUUUACGCAGAAAAUAUAUUGUUUGAAAAAAAGACGUGAUGAGCGCCAGGUGAAUCCGAUUACGGUAUUCGAAGAUGUAACUAAAUCGUACUUUGAACAGUUCCAAACAUCUUGGAAGUGA